AUCCUCUUGCCUGUAAAUAUCGGGACAAAAAAUCUCUUCAUGAAAUCAGAACAACUUUCCGUCUCCGAAGACAAACAGUGUUACUGUUUGUCAAUCAAAUGCCUACAUGUCCACCGUAACAGUAACGGCGCUAACGUAAUCGUCAACCCAAUUUGGUUUUAAAGCUCUGUUUGCCGGUUAAGCAGAGGUCAAAACAGGGAAGAAGGUACAGCAACCGAAGCUACCGGUAGUUCAGUGGUGGACAAUAAUUCAAUCUGACUUACUGCAGGAGGUUAAAUUAUUUUUUUUUAUGUAUAAAAAAAGGCUGUGUGAGGGAGGCCCCACAUACACACAAACACAAAACACACACACAGUGUACGAGUGGUAAUGGGGGCGACUAUUGCUGAGACGGUUGCAGAGGAGAGAGAAAGCGAGGCAGACGAUGAAGAGAAAGACAUUCAAAAAGUGGUGGUUCUUGUUGGCAUCAUUGAAUCCAGUGAUCAUUUCUAUUUCUGUUUGAGUUGCAGAGAGUCACGCCUUCCAAGCUAGAGAUUGGAAUUAACUGCUUUUUGAGAGGAUCCUCAUUUGGAUACUGUUUUCCGUUUAAUUAUUUGUGGCAGAAGUUUUAUCUAAUUUAGUUUAUUUAUUUUGGAUUAUAAUGACUAUCGCCGGUAGUUCCGCGGAUAAUGACGGCAAUGGAAUCGUGGUUGCCGAUUCUGGAGAUGAAUUGUACAAGGAGCUGUGGCACGCAUGUGCUGGCCCUCUGGUGACGGUGCCUCGCCGAGGAGAACUCAUUUAUUACUUUCCUCAGGGUCAUAUCGAGCAGGUGCAAGCAUCGACGAAUCAGGUGGCUGAUCAGCAAAUGCCUUCUUAUAAUCUUCCUGCGAAAAUUUUAUGUCGUGUGGUCAAUGUUCAAUUAAAGGCCGAACCAGACACAGAUGAAGUUUUUGCUCAAAUAACUUUGCUCCCUCAACUUGAACAAGAUGAAAAAUUGGUCGAGGAGGCUUUGCCUUCACCUACACGUCCGCGGGUACAUUCCUUUUGUAAGACUCUUACAGCCUCAGAUACAAGUACUCAUGGUGGAUUUUCAGUAUUGAGACGCCAUGCUGAUGAAUGCCUUCCUCCACUGGACAUGUCUUUGCAACCUCCAGCGCAGGAGUUGGUGGCAAGGGAUUUGCUUGGAAGUGAGUGGCAUUUUCGCCACAUCUUUAGAGGUCAACCACGGAGGCACCUUCUUCAAAGUGGUUGGAGUCUUUUUGUGAGCGCCAAAAAGCUUGUAGCGGGAGAUGCAUUUAUUUUUCUCAGAAGUGAAAAUGGGGAGAUUCGAGUAGGAGUAAGACGUGCUAUGAGGCAGCCAAGUAAUGUUCCACCUUCUGUCAUAUCUAGCCACAGUAUGCAUAUCGGCAUCCUUGCUACUGCAUGGCAUGCUGUUUCAACAGGAACAAUGUUCACGGUCUACUACAAACCAAGGACUAGUCCUGCUGAGUUUAUUAUUCCAGUUGAUAAAUAUGCGGAGUCUGUCAAGAACAGCUUUACCAUAGGGAUGAGGUUCAAAAUGAGGUUUGAAGCUGAAGAAGCUCCAGAGCAGAGGUUUUCAGGUACAGUGAUUGGGGUUGAAAAUACUGAUCCCGAGAGGUGGCCUGCUUCAAAGUGGAGAUGCCUCAAGGUACGUUGGGAUGAAACUUCUCCUCUUCAUCGUCCAGAGAGGGUUUCCCCUUGGGAAAUAGAACCUGCUUUGGCUCCUUUAGGUCCCCUUCCAGUAUGCCGAAUCAAAAGAUCCCGUUCAAAUAUGGCAAUGCCAUCUGCUGAUUCUGCUGCUGUAAUAAAGAAAGAUAAUGGAUUAUCUAGAGAUCUGAAAGAUCAAGAAAAUGCAACCUUGAGAGGCACACUUGCUGUGAGUAAAUACCAAGAAACUACUCAAAAUCCUACCGGAUGGAGUUCAUCACAAGUUAGGGAUCAAAAUGGCACUUCUUUCGGUAAGAGAAGAUUUGGACAUGAAAGCAGGAAUCCUCAAGUGGUGCCUGGAGAGAAGUAUAUGAAUUCAUCAUUAGGACAAGGUCCCUCAUUUAACAUGUUCAAGUCCAGAAUGGAGCCUCAUGCUUUAAAAGAUAAAGAGAUGCAAUGCCAUACUUCUUUGAAUAUGGAGGUUGAUUAUCAGACCGGACGAUGGAUUUUGCCCCAGGGAUAUGCUGGUAAUUCUGCUCUGGCAGCACAAAAACUGCAUCCUUUGUCUGUGCAACAGCAUGAGGAGGUAAAAUCUAAAGGAGAUGGAAAUUGUAAACUUUUUGGUAUCUCCCUCAUGAGCAAUCCUGUGCCAACAGAGCCAGCAAUGCUGCAUGAAAAGUUAAUGCUUAGGCCAAAAGGGCAAUUUGAUAAUGCCUCAGACCAUUUGCAAGACUUGGGCUCUAAUCUAUCAUUGCAACAAUUGUUGCAUCCAAAGUGUUCUGAGCGCGUGAUUAGACAUGAGGAAGAGCAGAAUUCUUUUUUGACCAGAAGAUGCGUAAAGGUUCAGAAGCAAGGAAUUGGGGUUGGGAGGUGUGUGGACCUGACAAAGUUUAAUGGCUAUGAUGAAUUCAUGGCAGAACUUGAUCAGAUUUUUGAAUUCAAUGGUGAAUUAAUCGCUUCAAACAAAAACUGGUUGGUCGUUUUCACUGAUGACGAGGGUGACAUGAUGCUUGUGGGAGAUGAUCCCUGGCAGGAAUUCUGUAGCAUGGUCCACGGGAUCUUUGUCUACACGCGAGAGGAGAUAAACAGGAUGAAUUCACGAUCCCUAAUUACGUAUUUGGAAGAAAAUUCAUCGAUUGCAGACCAUAUAGCUGGAAAGAUAGAUCAAAAGCAUCUUCCUACUGUGAGCACCACCUAGAAUAGGAAAAAAGGUAGUAAAACUGGAAAAGGGAAAGAGCGAAGGAGAUCCUCUACUGUCUUUCAUCUUGGAAUGGUGGAGAGAGCGUUGUGGUCAUUGCAUAUGUAGCCUUCUGUUACCCUUUUUUUUUUUUUUUUUUAAAAUUUUAAUUUACUACUUUUGGGAGGGUUGUUCUGUGGGGAGAAGGUGUAGCAGUUUGUUUUUCUUCGAUCCUGAGCAUCAAAAUGCAUGGGCAACUUUCUACUUUCCCAGUUCGUUGUGUCCUGCGUGGAUCCCUUUCCUGUUCAUUUGCCCAAAUAAAUACUACAAAAUAUCAUAUGACACGUUAGAUGGCUCAAUAUAACAGUGCUAAUUUAA